UUCCGGGAAAAGGCGGCGGCUGCUGGGAAGGAACCGGGCCGGCAUCAGUGGCACCGGGACCGACAAGGUCCGGGCUGGGACACACUGGGAGCAGUCCCGGGACCCGCACGGACCCCUGGGACUCCCAGGAGCCAACGGCGAGAACCGGGAGCGACCGGGAGCAGGACCUGGACGCAGCAGGAGCAGACCGGGACCCAGCAGGACCCGCCGGUCCCCCUGUCCCCGAUGCUGUCUCCCCCCGUUCGCCGGCUCCUGGCCCUGCUGGGCCCCGAGCGCCGACGCUGGACCGUGGUGGGGGGGCUGAUGUCGGCUUCUGCUCUCGGUGAGGUGGCUGCCCCCUACUUCACGGGCCGUGUCACCGACCGGGUGGCCGAGGAGGACGCGACAGCGGCCGUGUGGCCCCUUGUGCUGGUGGGGCUCGGCAGUGCCAUCAGCGAGCUGGCCUGUGACAGCAUGGCAGCUCUGGCGCUGACACGGACGCGGGAGCGGCUCCAGCGCGGAGCGGUGGCCGCAGUGCUCCGUGGGGACGUGCCCGGGCCGGGGGGCAGCCUGGGGGACACGCCAGGCGCGGUGGCCGCGCGGGUGACGGGGGACGCCGGGGCGGCGCACUCGGCGCUGGCCGAUGUGCUGGUGCCGGGGCUGUGGGCGCUGACACGGGCUGUGUCACAGCUGGCCACGGUGGCCUGGCUGUCCCCGCUGCUGGGCCUGCUCACCCUCCUGGCGCUGCCCCUCUUCCUGCUGCUGCCGCGCGCCGUCGGGCGCAUCCAACAGGACCUGGCACGGCAGGUGCAGGCAGCGCAGGCCAGCACCACCGCGGUGGCCCUGGAGUCACUGGGGGCCGUGGGGACCGUCCGCGCCUUCGGGCACGAGGCGGGCGUCACCCGGCGUGUGCAGCAGUGCCUCGCCCAGGGACACCGGCUGGAGCAGAAGGAGGCGCUGGCCUACGCGGCCGGGCUCUGGGCCAGCGGGUUUCCUGCACUGAUCCUGAAGCUGGCACUGCUCUUCUUGGGGGGGCGCUUGGUGGCCGCAGGGACUGUCACCCGUGGGGAACUGGUCACCAUUCUCAUGUGCCAGCUACACUUCACCAGGGCUGUGGAGGUCAUGCUCCUCUAUGUCCCGAACCUGGCCAAGGCCGUUGGCUCCUCUGAAAAACUCCUGGAACUGCUGGAGCAGGCCAAGAUGGGGACACUCGCAGGACCACCGUCACCUGUUACCCCCGGGGGCCAUGAGACCACAGAAACUCGAGGCCUGUGCCUCAAGGAUGUCUGGAUGUCGUACCCUGGGCGGUCCGAGCCAGUCCUCAAGGGGGUGUCGCUGUCGCUGCGCCCCGGGGAGGUUGUGGCCGUGCUGGCGCCUCCUGGUGGCGGGAAGAGCUCACUGGUGGCGGCCGCGCUGGGACUGCGCCCCCUGGCGGGCGGAGCGGUGCUGCUGAACGGGACCCCCCUGACCCCUCACUCGGACCCUGCUCUGCGGGAACAGGUGGCUGGUGUCCUGCAGUGUCCGUCCCUCUUGUCCCGCUCCCUCAGUGCCAACAUCGCUCUGGGCUGGGGACACAAGGAGGGGACCCAGGUGAUGGCAGCAGCACGGCGGGUGGGGGCGCACACUUGGGCCGAACAGCUGCCGCACGGCUAUGGCACAGAGGUGGGCCCACGGGGGAUGCAGCUUUCAGGGGGGCAGGCACAAGGGGUGGCUCUGGCCCGGGCCCUGCUCAGGAACCCCCAGGUGCUGGUACUGGAUGAGCCCACGAGGGCACUCGACCCCAUGACCCGGUGCCAGGUGGAGCAGGAGCUGCUGUGUCCCGGGACAGGGGAGGGGCCGGCAGUGCUGCUGGUGACAGGAAGGGUGGCCCUGGCACAACGGGCACAGAGGGUGGCCCUGCUGGAGGGGGGACGGCUGCGGGAGCUGGAGAGCCCCGAGGAGCUAAGGACGAUGCCGGUGACCCUGGAACUGCGGCUCCUCCUGCUGGCACUGGCGCUGCGGGGGGAGGCAGUGUCCCCCUCAGUGUCCCCCUCAGUGUCCCCUGCCACGUCUCCCCCCGAGUCGUGCGGGGCGGCGCUGGCGGAUGUGCUGAGGCGGCUGCGGGAGCUCGAGGGACACGUGCAGGCACUGAGGGGACACUGUGGGGACAAGGGGGGACCCCAGGCCGGGACAGGCCGGUCGGUGCAGCUCUGUGCGCCCCCUGCCGGCGGCGGCUGUGCCUGCCCCGCCCCCUCGGGCGAGGCCCCGCCCCCGGCCCCGCCCCCCGCGUGCCCGCGCGGCUGCAGUGACCAGGGCCGCUGCGAGCGCGGCCGCUGCCGCUGCUUCCCGGGCUUCGGCGGCCCCGACUGCGCCACCCCCGCCUGCGCGCCGGGAUGGGGCGGCGCCCGCUGCGACAUCGAGGUGCCCUGGGUAACACCACGGUUGGCUUCCCGCACCCCAACGUCCCUGCGCAUCACCUGGCCCCAGCCCCUCGUUCCUCCUGAUGGCUACCGGGUGACACUUGUCCCCCUGGAUGACCCUGUGGCCAUGACAACGCACGAACUGCCCAGCUCUGCUGUUGCCUUCUCAGUGACAGGGCUGUCACCGGGCCGCCCCUUCGAGCUGCUGGUCCAGGCCCGGCGGGGGCCGCACCUGGGGGCACCCGGGGUCCUGCGUCUGCGCACAGCACUCAUCCCGUCUGUGCCUCACUAUGAGGGGUCCCCGGGGUCACCUCAGGGUUCUCUGGGGUCCCCAGCAGUGGCACCAUCAGUCCGAGGGCCCCCAGAGUCCCCAGGAUCCCCAGGGUCACUGGGGUCCCCAGGGUCACAGGUGUCACCCAUAUCACCAGAUUUGUCCUUGGGGUCACCUGGGUCUUUGGGGUCACCAGCACCCCACAAGGUUCCAGCAACUCCAGUAGCUCGAGGGUCCCUGGGAUCCCCAGCACCUGCAAGGUCAUCAGUGUCACCAGAAUCCCCAGAGUCACCAGCAUCACCAGAAUUCCCAGGAUCAUCAGUGUCACCAGAUUUCUCAGUGUCCCCAGAGUCCCCAUUGUCCCCAGAGUCCCCAGAGCUGCCAUGGUCCCCAGAGUCCCCAGUGUUUCCAGGGUCUCCUCCACCCCCGUGGUCCCCAGUGUCCCCGUGGCCCCCACUGUCCCCAGGCAUCCCCUCCCUGCAGGACCUGGUGGCCCGGCUGUCCACAUACAGUGGAUCCCUGCUCCAGCGUCUCGAGAGCCACCUUCGGGCUACCAACUUCCCACUCCGUGGCAACCAGACAGUGCCAGGGGUGGCCCGUGCCAUCCUGGCCUACAUCCUGCGCCGGCACCCAACCCUUGGGAGAGGACAGGGACCCGCAGGGGAGGGUGGAAACCAGGAGCCAGUGCUGGAAUGGGGAGAAAUGGAUGGGAUGAAGCUGACGGAGCCAUGGAGGGACGUGGGGAAAACAGUCAAAACUGAGCCAGAAGAGCUGCGUCCAUCCCAGCCAGUCCUGGGUGACCUCAGUGUCACCAGCAUCACCCCCAGCUCCAUGCAGCUGCAGUGGAGCGUCCCUGAGGGCUCCUUUGACUCCUUCAUGCUGCAGUACCGGGAUGCCCAGGGCCAGCCCCAGGCCAUGCCCAUCGAUGGCGAGUCCCACUCAGUGAUUGUGCCAGGGCUGUCCCCAUCUCACCGGUACCGCUUCCACCUCUACGGGCUGCGGGGUGAGAAGAGGAUCGACCGUGUCUCCAUUGAUGUCAUCACAGCUGCAGAAGAGCCAGAGGAGCUGUCGUUGCCCUCAGAGGAGCCCCAACAUGAGAAAUCCCAAACUGAGGCCCCUGCAUCAAAUGCAUCCCCAGCACGGGCAGCACUGGGGGAGCUGAGGGUCGCCAGCAUCAGCCCCAGCUCUGUGCAGCUGCACUGGAGCAUCCUUGAGGGCUCGUUUGACUCCUUCAUGCUGCAGUACCGGGAUGCCCAGGGCCAGCCCCAGGCCCUGCCCAUCGAUGGCGAGUCCCACUCAGUGACGGUGCCAGGGCUGUCCCCUUCCCGGCGGUACCGCUUCCACCUCUAUGGGCUGAGGGGCAGGAAGAAGAUUGACCAUGUCUCCACCGAGACCAUGACAGCUACAGCAGAGCCAGAGGAGCUGCCCCUGCCCUCACAGAAGCCCCAACAUAAAAAACCUCGAACUGAGUCCCUGGCAUCUGAGGCACCUCUUGUGCAGGCGGUGCUGGGUGAGCUGAAGGUCUCCAGUGUCACACCCGACUCUGUGCAGUUGCAGUGGAAUGUCCCUGAGGGCUCCUUUGACUCCUUCAUGCUGCAGUACCGGGAUGCCCAGGGCCAGCCCCAGGCCCUGCCCAUCGACGGGAGGUCAGACUCUGUGAUGGUGCCGGGGCUGUCCCCAUCCCAGCGGUACCGCUUCCACCUCUAUGGGUUGCAGGGUAGGAAGAAGAUUGACCAUGUAUCCAUUGAGGCUGUGACAGGCACAGAAGAGCCAGAGGAGAUGUUCCUGCCCUCAGAGGAGCAAAAACAUGAGAAACUUCAAACUGAGACACCCCCAUCUGAGGCCCCCGUGGUGCAGGCAGUGCUGGGGGAGCUGAGGGUCUCCAGUGUCACAUCUGACUCUGUCCAGCUGCAGUGGAGUGUCCCUGAGGGCUUCUUUGACUCUUUCACACUACAGUACCGGGAUGCCCAGGGCCAGCCCCAGGCCCUGCCCAUUCAUGGAGGGUCCCGAUCCGUGACAGUGCCAGGACUGUCCCCAUCCCGCCGGUACCGUUUCCACCUGUAUGGGUUGCAGGGCAGGAAGAAGACUGACCGUGUCUCUAUUGAUAUUAUCACAGGAGCUGCAGAAGAGCCAGAGGAACUGCCCUUGCCCACAGAGGAACCACAGCAGGAGAAACCCCAAACUGAGGCCCCCACAUCUGAGACCACUCCAGCAAAGGCGGUGCUGGAAGACCUGAGGGUCUCGAGUGUCACCCCAAGCUCUGUGCAGCUGCACUGGACUGUCCCCAGGGGCUCCUUUGACUCCUUCAUGCUGCAGUACCGGGAUGCCCAGGGCCAGCCCCAAGCCCUGCCUGUUGAUGGAGGGUCUCGCUCGGUGACAGUGCCUGGCUUGUCCCCAUCCCAUCGGUACCGCUUCCACCUCUAUGGGCUGCGUGGAGGCAAAAGGAUUGACCGUGUCUCUACCGACACUGUCACAGCCAGUGAAGAACCCUUGCCCUCCGAGGAGCCCCAACAGGAGAAGCCCAAAACUGAGUCCCUGGCAUCUGAGGCACUCCCUGCACGAGCGGUGCUGGGAGAGUUGAGAGUCUCCAGUGUCACACCCAACUCUGUGCAGCUGCAGUGGAAUGUCCCAGGGGGCUCCUUUGACUCUUUCAUGCUGCAGUACCGUGAUGUCCAAGGCCAGCCGCAGGCCCUGCCCAUUGAUGGCGAGUCCCGCUCAGUGAUGGUGCCAGGGCUGUCCCCUUCCCAGCGGUACCGCUUCCACCUCUAUGGGCUGAGGGGCCGGAAGAAGACUGACCAUGCCUCCACUGAGGUCAUGACAGGAGCUGCAGAAGAGCCAGAGGAACUGCCCCUGCCCACAGCGGAACCGGAGCAGGAGAAACCCCAAACUGAGGCCCCCACAUCUGAGGCCACUCCAGCCAAGGCGGUGCUGGAAGACCUGAGGGUCUCGAGUGUCACCCCAAGCUCUGUGCAGCUGCACUGGACUGUCCCCAGGGGCUCCUUUGACUCCUUCAUGCUGCAGUACCGGGAUGCCCAGGGCCAGCCCCAAGCCCUGCCUGUUGAUGGGGGGUCUCGCUCGGUGACAGUGCCUGGCUUGUCCCCAUCCCAUCGGUACCGCUUCCACCUCUAUGGGCUGCGUGGAGGCAAAAGGAUUGACCGUGUCUCUACCGACACUGUCACAGCCAGUGAAGACCACUUGCCUUCUGUCAAGCCCCAACAGGGGAAGCCCAGAACUGAGUCCCCGGCAUCUGAGGCACUCCCUGCACGAGCGGUGCUGGGGGAGCUGAGAGUCUCCAGUGUCACACCCAACUCUGUGCAGCUACAGUGGAGCAUCUCUGAGGGCUCCUUUGACUCCUUCAUGCUGCAGUAUCGUGAUGCCCAGGGCCAGCCCCAGGCCCUGCCCAUCGAUGGCGAGGCCCACUCAGUGACGUUGCCAGGGCUGUCCCCUUCCCAGCGGUACCGCUUCCACCUCUAUGGGCUGUGGGGCAGGAAGAAGAUUGACCAUGUGUCCACUGAGGUUGUUACAGGCACCCCAGAGGAUCUUCCCCCACCCUCAAAGGACCCCACAGAUGAGGCAUCCACAACUGAGGCCCCUACAGCUCAGGACCACAAACCUGAGCAUUCCCAAACUGAGGCCCCCUCAGCACAGGCAGCACUGGGAGAGCUGAAGGUGUCCAGUAUCACACCUGACUCUGUGGAGCUGCAGUGGAGUGUACCAGAGGGCUCCUUUGACUCCUUCACACUGCAGUACCAGGAUGCCCAGGGCCAGCCCCAGGCCCUGCCCAUCGAUGGCGGGUCCCGCUCAGUGACGGUGCCAGGGCUGUCCCUAUCCCACCGGUACCGCUUCCACCUCUAUGGGCUGAACAGAGGGAAAAGGAUUGACCACAUUUCCAUCGACAUCAGCACAGCAGCCACAGACAAGCAAGAGGAGCCACCCUUCCCCUCAGAGGAGCCCCAAACUGAAACCCCGCCAUCUGAGGACAACCAACCUGAGCACCCCCAAACUGAGGUUCCCCCAGUGCGGGCAGUGCUGGGAGAGCUGAAGGUCUCCAGUGUCACGCCCAACUCCGUUCAGCUACAGUGGAGCAUCCCUGAGGGCUCCUUUGACUCCUUCAUGCUGCAGUACCGGGAUGCCCAGGGCCAGCCCCAGGCCCUGCCCAUCGAUGGCGAGUCCCGCUCAGUGACUGUGCCAGGGCUGUCCCCUUCCCAGCGGUACCGCUUCCACCUCUAUGGGCUGCGGGGCAGGAAGAGGACGGACCAUGUCUCCACCGACAUUAUCACAGCUGCAGCAAAGACAGAGGAGCUGCCCCUGACCUCAGAGGAGCCACCCCUGACCUCAGAGGAGCCCGAAACUGAGGCCAUCUCAUCUGAUGCCCUGCCAGCACGGGCAGUGCUGGGGGAGCUGAAGGUCUCCAGUGUCACACCCAACUCUGUGCAGCUGCAGUGGAAUGUCCCAGAGGGCUCCUUUGACUCCUUUGCACUGCAGUACCGGGAUGCCCAGGGCCAGCCCCAGGCCCUGCCCAUCGAUGGUGGGUCCCGCUCAGUGACAGUGCCAGGGCUGUCCCCAUCCCACCGGUACCGCUUCCACCUCUACGGGUUGCAAGGUGGGAAAAGGAUUGACCACGUGUCCACUGAUAUCGUGACAGAUGCAGCAGUGCCAGAGCAGCUGCCCCUACCCUCACAGGAGCCCCAACCUGAAGACCACAACCCUGAGCAGCCCCAAACUGAGCAGCCCCAAACUGAGGCCAGCCAGGGACAGGUGGUGCUGGGGAAGUUGAGGGUCUCCAGUGUCACAUCCAACUCUGUGCAGCUGCAGUGGAGCGUCCCUGAGGGCUCCUUUGACUCCUUCACACUGCAGUACCGGGAUGCCCAGGGCCAGCCCCAGGCCCUCGCUGUUGAUGGCGGGUCCCGCUCUGUGACGGUGCCAGGGCUGUCCCCUUCCCGCCGGUACCGCUUCCACCUCUAUGGGCUGAGGGACAGGAAGAGGAUUGACCGAGUCUCCACUGAUGUUGUCACAGCUGACCCAGAGGAUCUGUCCCUACCCUCAACUGACACCCCAACUCGGGGCCCCCCAGCUGAGGAUCACGAAACUUCACAUUCCCAAGCUGAGGCCCCUCCAUCUGCGGCCCCCUCAGCACGGGCAGUGUUAGGAGAGCUGAAGGUCUCCAGUGUCACACCCAACUCUGUGGGACUGCAGUGGAGUGUACCAGAGGGCCAGUUUGACUCCUUCACACUGCAGUACCGGGAUGCCCAGGGCCAGCCCCGGGCCCUGCCCAUUGAUGGCGGGUUGCACUCAGUGACGGUGCCGGGGCUGUCCCCUUCCCAGCGGUACCGCUUCCACCUCUACGGGUUGCGGGGUGGGAAGAAGACUGACCAUGUCUCCACUGAUGUCAUCACAGCUGAUGGGGAAGGUCAGAGGAUUGAGGCUGCAGCUGUGCCAGAGGAGCUGCCCCUGCCCUCAGAGGAGCCCCAAGAUGAGCAACGCCAAAUUAAGGCCCCAUCUGCAACCACCCCAGCACGGGCAGUGCUGAAGGAACUGAGAGUCUCCAGUGUCACACCCGACUCUGAACUGCAGUGGAGAGUCCCUGAGGGCUCCUUUGACUCCUUCAUGCUGCAGUACCGGGAUGCCCAGGGCCAGCCCCAGGCCCUGCCCAUCGAUGGCAGGUUCCGCUCAGUGACAGUGCCAGGGCUGUCUCCAUCCAGCCGGUACCGCUUCCACCUCUAUGGGCUGCGGGGUGGGAAGAGGGUCUACCAUACCUCCACUGAAGCUGUUACAGCUGCAACAAACUUGGAUGAGCUACCCGUGCCUUCAGAGGAGUUCCAACCUGAGGACCCCCAAUCUAAAGAUCCCCCAGUUGAGUCCCCAUCAACUGACACCCCCUCGGCACGGGCAGUGCUGGAAGACCUGAGGGUCUCGAGGGUCACCCCCAGCUCUGUGCAGCUGCACUGGACUGUCCCCAAGGGUCCCUUUGACUCCUUCAUGCUGCAGUACCGGGAUGCCCAGGGCCAGCCCCAGGCACUGCCCAUCGAUGGCGGGUCCCGAUCGGUGACAGUGCCAGGGCUGUCCCCUUCCCGGAGGUACCGCUUCCACCUCUAUGGACUGAGGGGAGGGAAAAGGAUUGACCGUGUCUCUACUGACAUCGUCACAGCCACAGCCAAGACAGAGGACCUUCCCCUGCCCUCAGAGGAACCCCAACCUGAGGACCCCAAAGGAAAAGACCCCCCAGAUGAGGCCACUCCAUCUGCGGCGCCCCUGGCACGGGCAGUGCUGGGAGAGCUGGAGGUCUCCAGUGUCACCCCCAGCUCUGUGCAGUUGCAGUGGAAUGUCCCUGAGGGCUCCUUUGACUCCUUCAUGCUGCAGUACCGGGAUGCCCAGGGCCAGCCCCAGGCACUGCCCAUUGAUGGCGAGUCCCGAUCGGUGAUGGUGCCAGGGCUGUCCCCUUCCCAACGGUACCACUUCCACCUCUAUGGGCUGAGGGGAGGGAAAAGGAUUGACCAUGUCUCCACUGAGGCCAUCACUGGCACCCCAGGGACCCUCUGGGUGGACUCUGUGUGGCCCCGAAGUGCCUGGCUGCACUGGGACCCCCUGCAGGCCUCCCCUGAUGGCUAUGAGCUGGAGUAUGGCCCCCCCGGCGGACCCCAGCAGAGCCUGUGGCUACCUCCUGAGGCUACGUCGCAGCAGCUGUGGGGGCUAGAGCCGGCAGGACACUAUGGGGUGCGGUUGUGGGGCCGAGGGGGAGACCCCCAAACAGCCCCCCUCGAGGCCACCUUUGACACUCCCCCCCUCCCGCACCCGCACCCCCGGGACUGCGCCGAGGAGCAGCUGAACGGGCCGGGCCCCUCGCGGGAGACCCUCAUCUUCCUCCGGGGGGACCCGGCCCGGCCCCUCAGGGUCUUCUGUGACAUGGAGACGGACGGCGGCGGCUGGCUGGUGUUCCAGCGCCGCCAGGACGGGAGCACUGACUUUUGGCGGGGGUGGGAGUCGUAUGCCCACGGCUUCGGCAACGUCAGCGGCGAAUUCUGGCUCGGCAAUGAGGCGCUGCACGAGCUGACGACCGCGACCCCCACGGAGCUGCGCGUUGACCUGCGGACCGCCCGCGACGCCGCCUUCGCGCUCUAUCGCGACUUCGCUGUCGGCGGCGCCGAGGAGCGAUACCGGCUCACAGUGGGAGCGUUCAGCGGCAGCGCCGGGGACGCCCUCUCCUACCACUCGGGCAGCCCCUUCUCCACACGGGACCGGGACUUCCGAGACCCUCGGGACCGCCGGGACCCCUCGGGGCGGCCCCGGCCCCCACCCUGUGCCGUGGCCUACGGGGGAGCCUGGUGGUACCGCAACUGCCACUACGCCAACCUGAACGGGCGCUACGGGACCCCCCGAGACCACCAGGGCAUCCACUGGUUCCCCUGGAAAGGCUUCAACGUCUCCAUCCCCUUCACCGAGAUGAAGCUGCGGCCGCAGCGUGGCUGAGGGGUCCCCUGAGUGCAGGGGCUAGGGAAUCCCAGAGUCUGGGGGCCCCCUGGAUGCUGGGGGGUACCACAUGGGAUCUGGGGAGUUCCAAAGGUGAAACUUUUAUUGGGGGGGUAAAUAAAAGCUGAUGGUGAC